AGAAUUGGAACAAAAAAAUAUACAGCACGAGACAUCCGGCGCCGAAAUGAUUUUCUUCUCCGUCUGAAAACAGGCGUAGACUGCGUUCCACCGCCUCAGUUGCAGGAAUCAAAACGAAACCCUAGCUUACUGCAGAUUCCGAUCGAUUGCAAUUAUCCAGAGAAAACCCAAUUGCAAUUGGGGAAGAAGAGCAGCCAAACCCUAAGUAAACAAUCAGUAAAGUCAGUGUCCGUACAGGUAACAAACAAUGGGAAAGAAGCAGCACAGCAAAGAUCGAAUGUUCAUCACCAAAACGGAGUGGGCCACCGAAUGGGGCGGCGCCAAAGCCCAGCCCACCUCCACUCCUUUCAAACGCCUCCCCUUCUAUUGUUGCGCGCUUACGUUUACGCCAUUUGAAGACCCAGUGUGCACCGCAGACGGCAGCGUUUUUGAUAUACUGAAUAUAAUUCCGUAUAUCAGAAAGUAUGGGAAGCAUCCUGUUACCGGAGUCCCGCUGAAGCAGGAGAAUCUCAUACCGCUAACGUUCCACAAGAAUUCUGAUGGAGAGUUUCAGUGCCCUGUUUUGAACAAAGUUUUCACUGAAUUUACACACAUAGUUGCUGUGAAGACAACAGGAAAUGUCUUCUCCUAUGAGGCAGUUAAAGAACUAAACAUCAAGACCAAGAAUUGGAAGGAGCUCCUCACAGAUGAACCAUUUUCCAAGGAAGACCUGAUAACCAUUCAGAAUCCCAAUGCACUUGACAGCAAGGUUCUAGUGGAGUUUGAUCAUGUUAAAAAUAGUCUGAAAAUUGAUGAUGAAGAUUUUAAGAGAAUGAGUGCAGACCCCACCUUUAACAUUAAUGUAAAUGGAGAUAUCAAGCAGAUGCUCAAGGAGCUUGGAACUGAAAAAGGAAGGCUAGCUGCACUGCAUGGAGGAGGUGGCAGCAAGGCACAAAAUGAACGGGCUGCUGCACUUGAAGCCAUUUUAGCUGCAAGAUCGCGUAUUAAAGAGGAUCCGAAAUCAAAUUCGAAUGGGGAGGUGAAAGCUCAGGCAUAUAGUAUUGUGGAUGCUGCUUCUGCUUCUGUGCAUGGAAGAAGUGCUGCUGCCGCCAGAGCCACAUCAAGUGACAAAACUGCUGCUCGAAUUGCUAUGCACAAGGCUGGUGAGAGGGCACCAGUGAAUGCAAAGAUGGUAAAGAGCAGAUUCACCACGGGUGCUGCUUCCAGAUCUUUCACUUCUACCGCCUUUACUCCUGUUACUGAAAAUGAAUUUGAAUAUGUUAAAGUUGAGAAGAAUCCAAAAAAGAAAGGAUAUGUACAACUACACACAACACAUGGUGAUUUGAACAUUGAGCUACACUGUGAUAUUGCCCCCAGAGCUUGCGAGAACUUCAUCACUCUUUGUGAACGUGGCUAUUAUAAUGGAGUAGGUUUUCAUAGAAGCAUUAGGAAUUUUAUGAUUCAAGGUGGUGAUCCUACUGGUACUGGGACAGGAGGGGAAUCUAUAUGGGGAAAGCCUUUUAAUGAUGAAGUGAACUCCAAGUUACUUCACUCUGGAAGGGGUGUUGUUAGUAUGGCUAACAGUGGGCCACACACUAAUGGCUCCCAAUUUUUCAUCCUUUACAAAUCUGCAAACCAUUUGAACUACAAGCAUACGGUUUUUGGUGGAGUUGUCGGUGGCUUGACCACAUUGGCAAUAAUGGAAAAGGUUCCUGUUGAUGAUAAUGACCAACCUUGGAGGAAAUUAAGAUAACAAGUGUCACAAUUUUUGUUAAUCCUUACACAGAGCCUGAUGAAGAAGAAGAAGACAAG